AUGGGCAAGGGCGCCGGCCCCCUCUUCGAUGGCUCCCAGAUUGACGAGGACGGCCACCUCGCCGCCAUCGACGAGGAUGCGCCCCUGGGCUUCCCGAGCAUCGCCUCGGGCGAGAACGAGCGGUCGAACAAGGACGACGACGCGUCGCCCGUCUUCAAGCUCAUGUGCGCGCGCCGCGUGCCCGUGUUCUGCCUCCUGCUCGCGAUCAACGCGUGCUUCCUCCUGCUCACGAUCGCGCUCGCCGUGCGGGGCCUCGACCCCAUCAACCUCGACAACUUGGGCGAGGUCGGCAUCGUCAUCCCCACCGACGAGUACCAGGCUAGAAGCAACGCCUUCGAGCGCGCGGAGGACGAGGCGGACUUCACGCGCGCGGGCGGCAAGUGCGCCCGCCAGGACAACGCGAACCCCAUCGCGCUGACCGUGCUCAAGGGGUCCUUCGAGGACGAGACCAAGGGCAACGCCCUGACGAAGAAGGGCCUCGACACGCUCCGCGAGCGCGAGCGCCAGAUCACCGAGGCCGAGGGCUGGGGCGACCGGUGCGCGUUGAUCUACGCGGAAGGGUACCCGGACUGCGUCGUCGCGCCGAGUUUGGCGGUCGACAACGGCGUCGGCGGCACCUACUUCGCGUCGGAUGCCCGCGGCUGCAUGCCCCCGUAUUCUCCCGUCUUCCUCUUCGACAAGUACGGCGACCCGGACUUCGAGGACGUUCCCGGAACCGUCGCGACGAUCUUGGCGUCGACGGACGCGGCGUCGUUCCGCGACAUGCUCCACAAGGACUUCACGGCGUCGAACCUGGAGUCGAAGAUCCUGGCGACGGCCGCCUACGCGGGCACGCCGCGCAAGGCCGUGUCGCACUACGUCGACGCCGAGACGGAGGCGGCGAUCCUCGGCGGCGCGCACAUCGCGUACUACGACGACUCCGCCAAGGAGAAGGAGGAGGACCACCUGCACGCCUGGGUGCGCCGCGAGCUACUCGACGACCUCGUGAAGGACUUUGCGGACUCGUCGUACCCGACGACCUACAGCUUCGUCGGCGACGAGGCCGUGAGCGACCAGGUCGGCGAGGAUUUGAAGCUCAUCGCGGCGUCCAUCGCCAUCGUCUACGCGUACAUGGCCUACUACACGGGGUCCCUGUUCGUGGCUUCCUGCGGCAUGGGCUACGUCAUCACGUCCUUCACGGGCGCGAACCUGCUCUACCGGUACUGCUGGCCGCACGGCGACGGCCUCGGCUACAACUACUUCUCGGUCUUCUGCGGUUUGGCGCUCUUCAUCAUCAUGGGCAUCGGCGCCGACGACUUGUUCGUCUACUGGGACACGUGGAAGGGGUCGAGCGCCGUGGACUACGACUCGGAGCCGCAGCGCCUCGCGCACGUCUGGCACCACGCGGCGGGCGCGAUGAUGGUCACGUCCCUGACGACGAUCCUCUCGUUCCUCUCGAACCUGAGCUCCGACUUCGUCGGCGUCGUGACCUUCGGCGUCUUCGCCGCGCUGCUAGUGUUCGUGAACUACUGCGCGGUGACGACGUUCAUGCCGUCCGUGGUCCUGGUCUACGAGUCGCACGUCUCCAAGAUCGCGUACCCGUUCGGCGCCGCGCGGGCCCGGCUCUGGGCCGCGCGCCCGGCGUGCCUGAAGCCCGAGGACGACGCGCCGAAGGAGCACGGCCACUUCUUCAAGGCGAGCUUCGCGCCCUUCAUCUUCGCGCACAAGAAGAAGCUCGUCGCGCUGCACGUCGCGCUCUUCGGCGUCGCCGUCGCGUUCGCGUCCAUGCUCGAGCCGACGCCCUUCAAGAGCUACACGCUCCUCCCGGAGGACUCGAACUUCUACCAGCUCAACGCCAUCAACGAGGAGUGGAAGCCGCUGAGCGCGAACCCGCUCAUGGUCCACGUCGUCUUCGGCCUGCAGCACCGCGACCCGCUGGCGUGGGACGGCCCGGACUUCCGCUUCGUCGGCAUGGCGUCGGGCGACGCCAAGUGGGACGCGAGCUUCGACGUCGACUCCGUCGCGGCCCAGGAGCAGCUCCUCAACGUCGCCGAGGAGCUCGCCUACGCCCCGCGGCGCGGCCUCAAGAUCGACCCGGCCUACGGCAUCAACGCGCAGCUCGCGGGGUCCUCGACGGGCUCGCUCGCCGACACGCCCGACGCCGGCGCGUCCGCGGGCGUCCAGGCGGCCUACGGCGUCCAGUCGCUGCUCCACGCGCUCAGGGACUUUGAGGACGUGUCGACGGCCCAGGGCGGCGGGUCCUACGCCGCCGAGGGCGGCGUCUCCGCGUGCGAGCCCUGCUUCCCGACCUUCGACCUGUCGCCCGACCCGGCGACGCUCGACGACGGCUUCGUCGACCCGGCCACGGGCCGCGUGAGCGCGCUCGAGCUCGACGGCACGUCGCCCCUCGUCGACGGCUGCAACUGCGUCGGCUUCUUCCCGCUGCCGAGCCGCGUCUGCGUCGACGAGACGGCGGGGAGCAGCGACGAAACGCGCUUCAAGUGCACCUACCCGGACCACGUCGUCGUCCAGGAGCUCGACGCCUUCGCGGCGCGGCCCGUGGACCGCAAGUGGUGGGAGGACUACUUCUACCUCCUGGGCCGCAGCGACGGCACCUUCGAGCGGCCCGCGCUCUACGACGUGCAGGUCCAGACGACGUUGCGCGCGUCGGAGGGCGACUACGCCGUCGGCCUGCGCAUGGCGAAGAAGUGGGACGACUGGAUGGACGACCACAACUCGGACCCGAAGCACCCGCUCCGCGCCAUGGUCUACGUGCCGGGCGCGAACAUGUGGGUCAUCUCGAAGAUGCUCGUCCCGUCGGGCAUCUCGAACAUGCUCCUGUCGCUCUUCCUCGCGUGGCUCGUGCUCACGUACUCGACGGGCAACUACGUGACGUCGUCCAUCGCGACGGCGACCAUCGGCAUGAUCGCGACGUUCGUGCUCGGCUUCCUCCAGAUCGUCGGCUGGGGCCUGGGGCCCCUCGAGUCGAUCCUCAUCGUCAUCGUCAUCGGGUUUUCGGUGGACUACACGGUGCACCUCGCGGAUUCCUACAUGCAGUCGCACGCGCCGACGCGCGAGGGCAAGGUCACGGACGCGCUCGUCCACACGGGCUCGUCCGUGCUCUCCGGCGCGAUCUCGACGAUCGGCGCGUCGAUCCCCAUGUUCUUCGCGAAGAUCAUCUUCUUCUACAAGUUCGGCAUCUUCAUCCUCCUCACGAUCGCGCUGUCGCUCAACUUCUCGCUCGUCUUCUUCAGCGCGGUCCUUGCGUGGGUCGGCCCCCUGGGCAAGACGGGCGAGGUCGCCAUGCUCUACGCGUCGUCCGUCAAGCGCGCGCAGGCGACGAUCGACGAGAUCGAGGAGGCCCAGCAGCUCGUCGACGACGCCAAGGCCGCGGCGGCCGCGCCCGCGGCGGCCACGGAGACCUUCGACCCGGACCUCGAGGACGACGCGAAGCCCGUGAAGCGCCGCAAGGCCAAGACGAGCCUCAUCGGCCCCGACGGCGACGUCGACGAGCUCCAGUACUGA